CAACUUUCUUGUUAUCGUCAUCCAUGUACCCUUGCUUCUUGUACGGUCGAGACCUAUUGUAGCGCUUUCUGUUUUUCGGCGUUCUAAUCUCCAACUUACCAUCAAAUUGAGAGACCAAUUCACAAUAGCUUCCUUUCCAUCCUAUCUCUCCAUCAUAUACAGCACCAACCGAAACACAAACACACCAGAUCCUUCAAACUCCAAAAUGGUAUCUCAACCCAUAGGAACGAAGAAAGUCCCCGUCACAUCAGCGGCGAAGAAGACUCAUGGCAAGGCUCCAACAAACACAACAAGAGCGAUACAGCCAGCGAAGAAGCCUAUCCCAGCUCCCUACAAGCCCACCACGGCUCUUCAGAAGAAACCUACCACAACAGUAGGCCAGAAGAAGCCUCUCCCAGCCCCAGCCCCAGCCCCAGCGAAGAAGAACCCACCACAGCAAAAAAGUUGGCUCAGCAAGGGCAUCGGCGCUGCGGCGUCUGGUGUUGGCAACGCCGCUGGAGCUGUUGUAACAGCGGCGGGUAACGGCGUGGCUGGUGCAGGCAAAGGCGCCGGAUCGAGCAUUGCAAACACAUCUCGCUCCUGGGGUGACGUAGUCCGCGAAUACGGCAACUCGCUCAAAGACUUGACCGGCGCGGCAGGCAGUCGCGCAACCACAAAGACCAAUCCUCUUGGUUUGACUACGAGCGGGGUGGGCGCAGCGGCCAGUAUGGCGAGCAGGCCGGGUGUCACGGGGAGCUCGACGAGGAGCGGGACAGCGGGGAAUCCGCUAGGCUUGUAAAGUGAGGUAUCGAUGGAGAAGGUGGACAUGUACGAUUGGAAUGUUGUGCGUAAAGUUAGCUGCAUGUGAUGAUUUGUGUCUGGUUGGAUUGUUAGUUCUUUGGCGUAAAGGGUAUUGGGUUGGCUUUGAGACGAUGGAGAUACGACUUUAUAAAUAAAGGCGUAGCAUAUGGUAUGUUAAACCUGUGCGAGACUGUUUUUAUGCUGGUGAUGCAGGCGUCCAAUAACGUAGGAGCUAAGAGGCUUCCACAGAGUCGUUCACUUCGCGUGGCAGACGAGUCGAUGAACGUAAGUAGAAACACUUGCAGUAUGUAACAGCGAGCGAAC